AUGUCGCAAAUCAACUACCGUACCAUCAAUAUCGACCAGCUCGACCCCGAGUCGUCGGUCAACUUCCCUAUGGAGACCCUCCUCCCAGCUACUUUGCCCCAACCCGGAACCUCAAGUGAGGCGGCUAAUGUCGCAACCCAAGUGCGACAACUGCUGCGCGGUGGUGACGCCGAGGGUGCGCUUCGUGCCGUCCUGGACACAGCGCCGCUUGGCGGCGACGAGGGUGCUAAGCAGGUGCAUCUUGCUACCGUGACUGAGGUGCUACAGGGUAUUCGCCAGGGCGAAAUGACCCGUGUCCUAGAGGGCGUCUGUGCCGGAGAGGGUGGGGCAGAGCGAGCAGACUGCUUGAUGAAGUACCUCUACAAGGGUAUGUCCUCCCCUGCCCCCGGCAGCGGAUCCCAGUCGCCACGCAACAAAUCCGUUUCCCCGCAGAGCACCGGCGGCUUCUCGCAAAUCCAAGGUCGCAACCUGGGUGAAGGUGGUGGUGGUCAGCAAAUGAGCGUGCUACUGAACUGGCAUGAAAAGCUAGUCGAAAUUGCAGGCACCGGUUCAAUCGUUCGAGUCAUGACCGACCGCCGGACGGUUUAA